AUGGCAGAGCAGCAGGACUCUCUCGACAGGGUCAGGAGGGGUGCGCACUCUGCCGCUCCGAACAGAUCCCUGAAGCACGCGAGGGAGGCCGACAUGGUGCUUGCAGGGGUGUGCGGGACGAAGGGGUUUGACGCGUCAGACCUGAUCUUGGCGCUGCUCUCACACUUCGCGAUGGAUGCGCCCCUGGGGAGGAUGGCGUGGACCCUCUCCGAGAGGGCCGCUGGGGUGGCAUCACUCACGAGUGCUCACGCCAUCGGGUCGCGCUUGAGAGCGGCCUACCCGUUCUGGUCGGUCUACGAACCGUUCCACGCCUACAGCCUGAAGCUCUUCGACUGCGAUCUGGACUGCACUGACAUCCCUAUAGGGACAUCGCCGUUGGAUGCGGCAUCUCGCAGUGCCGUGGCAUUGGAGAAGAGGGCUGAAGUUUUGAUAGGCCUCUCGUCCGUGGCCCGCUCCAUGCUGGCACAAACGGAAACGUUGUCCGACACCGUUGCGAUCAAGAAGCAUGCGAGCGCCACAUUCACGGACCGCUUCCUCCUGCCGCUGGAGUCUAUGAGGGAUGUUCGGGAGACCCUGAUCUUCAGAGCCGGUGCUCAGCUGUCCAUUGCACGGGCAUCGCUCAUGGCGGCCAACAGGAACUAUUUUGCCCAGGCAUAUUGCAAUCGCCACACAUUUUCGGCACGAGUUGAGCCGGCCAAGCCAUGCCUCCAAGCCUUGGCCGAUCUCCCAGAUGCCCAGACGGCGAUGCUCCUCCUCCGGCAUUGCCAGUCUCACGUCAAACUCACCCGUGCCACGGCCAUGGCCCAGCGCUUCAAGCCUUUGAUGAGCAGGCGCAAGCCUGCCUCGAACAAAUUGGGGGGGCUGCCCUUGACCCAGAACACCUGGCUGCAAGCCAGUCUCGCUAUCAAAGCUGGCGGGCUGGGUCUUCGCAGCACUGCCUUGCAUGCCCCUGCGGCCUACAUUGCGUCCAUCACCCAUCUUGCUGCCUCGUGCACGGAGCUUGACCCUACCUAUCGGGUUGUGCCUCCCCCGGUCCACCAGGCUUUGACCUUAUACAACCAAGUCGUUUUGCCUGAGGAUCAAAUCCACUCGUUGGCCCCGUCCUACCAACAACGGGACUUGUCGGCCACAGUGGACAAGGCGCAGCAGGCCCACUUGAUAGCUGCCACCACUGGCGAAGCAGCCAAAGAUUGCGCCUUCCCAUUGCACCGUCCGACGGCUUUUGCCCUCUUUGCGAUGGGGUGGCGGAUUCCUUUGGGGACCACGCUCAAGUAUGCCCAUGUGGUGGAGACCGCGGCAAAAGACAUAACCGGUUGCGGAACUUCUUUGCCGCCGAGUUGGCUGCCGCUGGCCUCAGCCCAGAGCUAG